GAACACAGGUGACCUGGGACGCGCCAAGCUCCGCUGACAACAUCACAACCAGCGGAAAUAAAAACAAUUAGCAGCUGGAGUGCAAGUGGAGUGUAUAAUCCAUUUUUCUGAAAUUAUUAAUGACACAUAAUGCCUUUUUAUUUUAUUUUUUGCGUAGUUUGUGUUUGAGGAUACGAGCGAUUCCACUGACCGCAUUGGAGCGCACUGGUGGAAGACCCACGUAGUUUCCAGAACCUGCACUCCCAACUUCGUAUCAUCUGACCUUCAGAGCGUUUUCCAGUCCUCUCCAGGGUGUCCAGAGAUGUAGGGAGCAGUGGGAGGAGCACCCCCCCCCUUCUCACUCUCUCAGCACCACUUUACUUACAAAGAGGUCCCACAUCUAGCCAGACACUCUGCCAGUGUAUGUGCAAAGUUUCAGACGGAUAACUUGAGCUUCCUCUCUCUCUCGGGCUGGACUGUGGUGCAUCUGCGUCUGCACGCCCCCCCCUUCCCCCUCGCCCUCCAGCCAUGGCCUCGCGAGUAGGGCUGCGUCUGCAGCUAAUGCGAGACCAGCUGCAGCAGGAGGAGCAGCGGGAGCGGCAACAGCAGCAGAAUGCGGCGCUGCAGUACAUUCAACAGCAGAGUAUGUCUGUCCCUGCUCCCAGCCCUGCCAUCAACGCUCCACAACACUACCAGAGCAUGCAGGUUCCUGUUGAGGUGCUCAAGGUCCAGACUCACUUGGAGAACCCAACAGACUACCACAUCCGCCAGUCCCAGAGACAACAGGUGAAGGAGUACCUCUCCACCACCUACGCCACCAAGCAGACGGUGCAUGCAGUAACAGGUGUGGUGCAGCCCUCCCCUCCCCCUCCCCACCACUCCCCCCGGCUCCGUACGGAGCAGCUCAUCACAGGAAACAGCGCCCCCAAUAGCCCCAUGGCCAUGCUCAACAUCGGCUCCAGCCACGAGAACGAGGUACACGAGAUGGAUGAGGUCAUCGAUGACAUCAUCAGCAUGCAGUCGAGCUAUGAUGACAUCCAGCAGUAUAUUGACCCUCUUCAGACGUCCAAUACUCUCCCUCUGUCCAGCAGUCACCUGGACGUGUACACGGGACCUGGGAUGACCGGUCAAUCUAUCGCCAUGACAAGCAAUUCCUGCCCUGCCAACCUGGCCAUCAAACGAGAGCUGACGGAAACCCGUGCAAUGGCCAAAGAGAGACAGAAGAAAGACAACCACAACCUGAUUGAGAGGAGGAGGAGGUUCAACAUCAACGACCGCAUUAAAGAGCUGGGCGGCAUGAUCCCCAAAACCAACGACCUGGACGUGCGCUGGAAUAAGGGCACUAUUCUGAGGGCAUCCGUAGAGUACAUCAAGCGUAUGCAGAAGGACAUGCAGAGGACCAGAGAGGUGGAGAACAACUUCAAGAGGAUGGAGAUGGCCAACAAACAGCUGUGGCUGCGCAUCGAGGAGUUGGAGAUGCAGGCUCGUCUGCACGGCCUCCCCAGCUCCUCUCCCUCUGGGAUGGGUUCUGGGGACCUGAUGGGAUCUGGGGACCUGAUGGGUUCCUACAUUAAACAGGAGACCAGCCCUGAGGAGAAGCUCCAGCAGCAGCAGGCUCAGCACCAAGCUCUUUCCCAGGGCCAACAACACCUCCACCACCCCCAGUCCCACCACAUUCAGCCCCAGCAGGGCCAGCCCAGACAGCUGCCUCCUCUCCCCCCUCACCUCCAGCCCCAACUUCCCCUCCAGUACCCAGCUGUGGGCAGCUCUCAGCCCUUUGACUUUACCCAGUCGCUGGACUUGUGUGACGGGGUUCCUGGCUACCCGGAGGGCUUGUCAGGGCUAGGGGAGCUUGGCCUCCUGGGUACCCAGGGAAGGAGAGGCGACCUGGGCUUCCUGAUGAUGGACGAGCCCCUGUCUCCUCUGGGUGGAGACCCUCUGCUCUCUGCCAUGUCCCCUGAGGCCUCGGUUGACUCCAGCCGCAGAUCCAGCUUCAGCAUAGAGGACACAGAUAUACUGUAGAGGGAGUGUACACACAUACACACACAGACACACACACACACACAGGCACAUAUGGUACGUACAGAACACCCAAUGGACAUACACCCCGAGAGCACUGAUAUACUGUGAUAUAUGCUUUUGCUCUGUUCCUCAACCCUGCUACAUAUGCACUCCAGACGCCCUCACAUACACUGUAAGCACUCGCCUAGACACUGUACACACACUGAGACAUACUUAAACACACACACUCAAAAUUCUCAUGGAUGCACACCCUUAACACUCACAUUCAACAGCAAUAUGAGAAAUCAAACCCAUGUUUCGGAUUGCAAUAGUUGUUCCCUACCACUGUAAAUAUCAGAGCACCUCUAAAUGAUACACAAUCUAGUACACACACAAAUACACAAUGAGCACAGACAGCUUCUUGUUCACUCUAACACAGAAGGGCCCCUGUUAUUUGAAGGGAAAUAUGUGAGGGACUGCCAACGGUUUAACACACACACACACACACACACACACACACACACACACACACACACACACACACACACACACACACACACACACACACACACACACACACACACACACACACACACACACACACACACACACACACACACACACCCUUCUUCUGUAAAACACACUGCCAUGACCUCUAUGGUACUGCCAUCUCCUGUGUGAUCUAUGACCUUUAGCCUUUAGGGUACUGCCAAGUCUACUCCAUGACCUCUGACCCCUGUGUGAAUGUUGAGGAGAGAUGGAUUGGCCCUGCAUUGUGAGAUAGUGUAGCGAUUGAAGAGGUUAUGUCACUCCACAGUGUAAGUAAUUCCACGUAGCGACUCAGGAUCUUCUGUAGCCCAGUCCUUAACCUGCCAACGUGCCUUGUGUUAGCCACCUGAAGCCUCACUCUAUCUGGGUGGAGAGUGAAGGAGUGGGUUGUGUUUUAGUAUGUUGUAGUGCAGGGUUCCCCAACUGGCAGCCUGCGCUACACAUUUUCCCCACGGGAGAUUUAUUUGGCCCCGCAAGUUUUCCCGAGACACUUUUUAAAAAAAUGAUUGUUUACAUAAAAGACUGUUAAAUGCCAGAAAAUCAGCUCCAAGUGAUUUUAGGGGUAGUAAAAUAAAUGUAUUCCCACGCAUAAAAGUAUUCCCAAGCGUAAUAGAUGUGAUCGUAUACAAAUGUAAGAAAGGUUUGAAAUUAUGUUUUGAUAUCUGUUUGGGCAUCUUGCAGUCUACAAAUGAUUUGUAAUUAUGUUCUGGCCCCCUGACCAUCCGCUCAAGAACAAAUUGGCCCGCAGCUGAAUCUAGUUGAUGAUCCCUGUUGUAGUUAGGAGAUAGAGGAGCAGUCAAAUAGAUUGGUCUGUAGUGUCGUAUUCCGCACUGUAAAAACACAGCACCAGCCUAACACACACACACGCACACAAAGCAGUGUGCCAUUAGGCUGUGUUCAAAUCAACACUUUGAGCGAGACUUUAGUACCUCACCCGGUUUGUGCUUGUAGAACUGCCAGCUUUGGGUCAGCCAGAUAAAACUACACACACUCACCAGGUACAAACCAAACCAACCAUGUAGAAACCAAACUACGGCGGUACAAUACAUGAAUAAACUAACAGGUAACAAAUGAGUUUGGAUGAGGGACUGGGGGUAACACUUUGAUUUGAUAUGGCUUAUGAUCAGUAAAGAGAAAAAAAAGGAAGAAACAUGAUGAUUUAAAAGGUAUUUGUUUUUUAUUCUUGUUUAUAGUUGGUUUUAUUUUAUCUCCCAAAGCACUGGAACCUAUAUUUCUAUUGACUUUGUACAUAAAAUAAUUUAUGAAAUUAGUGUUAUUUCAUAUGUUUUAUGCCACUAAGCCACUUAAAUGUAUUUGUCCUUUUUUAUUUGAUUUUAUUCCAAAAGUACCUUUUUCCUCUAACAGCCAUUUAAAUAUGAAAGUAUUUAAGCAACUAGUGUGAAAGUGUACGACCAGUGGGGAGACAUAUUCUAUACUUUUCUUUGUGUGAAGAACUGUUCAAAAGUCACCUGAGAACAUGUACAAUUAUAUUAUGCCAUUUUUAUAUUGAUUGGGAUUGGUUUCUCUUUUUUAACCUCUAGAAAUUGGAACCAGAGACUGUUGAGAGGUGAUUUAUUUGAUUUUAUUCUGUUUUAAUUGUGCUUUUUGUGAAUGUGAAGAUGGCCUGUAGUACUGGUCCCCAGCCAAACCCAAAUACCACAAGAGAAGGGUAUUUUCCUUCAUGGUCUUUGAUUUCCGUGGAGAUAACUACCUUCUAAUGGUACUCAGAAAUACCUUUGAGGAGAUCCGUUGGCAUAACCUUGAACAGACCUGACUUUCUCUCUCUCUCUCUGUCUGCCAGAGUUUGCCUUUAUCCUAAUCAAUUGUUUUAUUUGAGUUUUUAUUGUCCAGCCGACACGCCAAAGAGCUUGUCUGCAGAUAAUGUGGCGUGUUGUCCCCUCUUUGACUGUCCCCCUCCCCCAUGUCACUGUAUGGGACUGAAACUGGCUGACCGGGCAAGGGAAACUGGCUGACUGGGCAAGGGAAACUGGCAUUCUGGUUUUGCUUUGGAUAUAAAAUGUUUUACCAAAAUCUGA